CAUCGCGCCGGGGCGGAGCCGCCCUCCCCGCAGGUUGGGCCUCCUGCUCCCGGCUUGGUCGCUCCGGCCAGCACCUCCAAGCGCAGCUGGAUUCAGGCUGGAGAAAGUGAGCUCUGUACCUUUCAGCCCCCGGAAUCGCCGUCUCCGCACACCAUGGCCCAAGUCUCGACUCUGCUUUCUUCCGUCCCGACCUAGAAGUUUCGGGUUCUGUUGACCCUCAGAGACUGAACCAAGACCCAGGUCCCGGCCCCGGAGGGGCAUUCCGGAAGGAGCCCCGAGGACCUGCUGAUCCCGAGGCUCGUGUGUGCAGUGCCGGGGAGUCCGGUGCGCUCGGACUCGCCUUUGUGCCCUGGGACAACCCUGCGGUCCCCAGCAGCCGCUCCGCUCCGCGUCCCCGCCCAGAGACACCGAGGCACGCAGGUAUCAGCCUACGCCGGCUAAGUCCCAGCACUGUUCCAGCCGGACGCCGCGGGGACACCUCCCCACAGCCCCUCUCCUGGCUCUCGGACCCCCCAGUCCCGGCACACACACCUGCCUCCGGACCCGCCCCUGGGAGCCUCCUGCGCGGUCCUCCGCGUGCGCAGACAUGAGGCCAAUUAAGCCAGGCGCCCCGCUGCCCGCGCUCCUCGUGCUCGCUCUGGCUUUGUCCCUGCCCGGGGCCCAGGGGAGGCCCCGGGGUGGCAGGGGAGCACGUGCCACGGACCAAGAACCCAAGUCGUGGCUUUUCCUCCCCGCGGCCAGGGCCGGCCCGGCUCCCAACGCCUCCCGGAGCACUGAAAUAUUCCCAAGAGAUUUGAAUUUAAAAGACAAAUUCAUAAAGCAUUUCACAGGGCCAGUCACAUUUUCAGCUGAAUGUAGCAAACAUUUCCAUCGACUCUAUCACAACACCAGGGAUUGCUCAACACCAGCUUAUUACAAGAGAUGUGCUAGAUUGCUAACAAGAUUAGCAGUGAGUCCCCUGUGCUCACAGACCUAGAAGACUUGCCUUAUGAACAUUUCUUAAGAAUGUAAAUCUGAUUUGAAGAAAAAAGUGCCUGGAAUCAUAUUAACUGUGCAAAGAGAUGAAGUAUCUAACUUUAUGGUGUAUUAAGAUGAGUAAAAUAAGAGACUUCUCAGAAAUAACUGAUUAUUUGUGUCUUUUCAUACAGAGCAGUCUUUCUUGGUUUAUCUUCGUGUACAGAGUAAUUUGAAAUUUUUAAAAAACAAAGUUUAGGGGCGCCUGGGUGGCUCA